AUGUCGUCGUCUAUUUUAAAGCUACGAGAGUUCAUUAGCAAGAAGAAACGGGACCAGGUAAAGCUGGAACCCGUGGAUGAUAUAGCGGAUGCAACCGAACUUCGUGUUGGAGACGAGGUGUUUGGCUUGGACGAACCCACCCAGUUCGUCACUGAGGAUAAGGCCUCGGGCGAAUCUACGGAUCAUUUGCUGAGGACUGUGUACCAUUGUUUGGUGUGCCAGGCUCUCAGUACAACAGACUAUGUGUCGCAAUGUGAAUCGAAGAAAAUACCGAUUAUCAGCUUUUUGGAGAGAACGGAGCUGAUCUCGUGGUUAACAGGAUCGUCCUCUACGUGUCAAUACGUCACGGGAAAGACGUCUGCAAAGAGCUCCGAACCUGAGCCAAAGAAGCGCAAAGUUGAGGACCCGUUCUUGGCCGAGAUUCUUGCCAAUGAGCGUAACUUGAUUGACCACAACCGUGCUUUGAGAGGCGGAAAGCCCAUUGAUUUCUCCUCUGUGGCCAAAGAUUGCGAGAACAAAAUCAUUAGGCCACUCAAGCAGCAACAGCGGAAGCAAACAGCUGUUGUCAAAACUCCUUCCUCCGCGGACAGACACAAACGCAAGGACCCUAUCAUCAUUCUGUCACCUGCUGCGUCUGCCUUGAUGACCAUGGCUAACAUCAAGGACUUCCUAGAACUGGGAAAAUUUGUGGACCCCACUCAGGUUCAAGUAUCGUCCAACAACAUGCUGAUUCUGCAGCGCAAGAGCCAGCGGUUUGGUAAAGAAGUGAAGUUCCUGGUGGUGGACAAUGUGGAGAAGUUUUUCACGAAGCCAGAGUACUGGGACCGUGUUGUGGCAGUGUUCACAACCGGCCAGAAAUGGCAGUUCAAGAGCUUCAAGUACCCCGAUCCUAACGUUUUGUUCCAGAAAGUGAAGGGCUUCUACGUGCACUACGCUGGUGACACGGUGCCGGCUACGGUGAAGCAAUGGAACGUCCAGGUUGUGGAGAUUGACAGAAACAAACGUUUUAAGGACAGGCAGACGUCAGAGUUUGUUAUGGACUCUUUGGAGAAGUCCAUGUCGAGCAAGGGCUUUGGUAGGUAA